CAAAAUCUGAUAUAUAUCUCCUCUAUGGCUGGUUCUGAAAGACCUGUCUUGAAGGAUAUGCAAAAUCCCAGCAGUCAGUCAUCUCUACAUCUGAAAGUAGAUGAAUCACCUCAAUCAUCGGUCAGCGAAGAAAGGAAGAUCACGUCAGAACCUUAUCAAUGCAAUGGUAGUCGUCAGCGUGAAUCCAAGAAAGAGGAAUCUAAGCAAAAAUGGAGUAGGACAUUUUAUUCCAAGGUGGAAGAUAAGAAACCCCAGGAUUUAAUAAUACUUCAAGCAAGUUUUCCUGUAGUGGACGAGAAGUUGAUUGAAGAAAGACGUCGGGCUCCACCAACUUUCUUGUUUGGGCAUCUCUUAUACGACGAGGCAUUCGAUAUAUGCAACACUUCUCCCAUGAUUUUCUUGUAAUAAAUUGUUGUGCCUCAUUGAGUUUUUCCUGUAUGGAUAUAACCCACUCUAUGUGUUCUUGAGAAUUCAUUUUUCUAGUGGUUGCUGCUUUUCAAUCUUUAGUGAAGAUCAACCAACAUAAGCAAAUAAUGUCUGAAAAAUAUUACAGGAAUGUUUAUUUCAUGUGAAUCAUGUAACAGUAUGUGA